CUGGACUGCUUUUUAUUUCAGAACAAACAUACACCGAAAACAGCAUUGUAAACAGUAACCUUUAUUGCAGAUUCCACAAACUAUUGAGCUCAUAAGAGUGAGUAGCCAACUCUCCACUCACUCGUGCGGCUACAAUUUCUACAAGCACAGCAUCGCGAAAGAAAGAAGAAGGUCAAGAGGAGAUGCAUUGCUGCCAGUACAGGACGCGUUUCUGAUGGCUCAGGGAAUACGACAAAUGGAUAGUUCUGCUUUUGGUAUCGAACAGAAUAGAACAGAAAGGACCUUAUCUGUUUUCAGGAAUGUCUUUCUCAUCCGUCGGAGAAUCUUUGAGCCGCAAAUCCGAACAGCGCAAUGGGCUGUUAAAAGAGACAGGAUGUACAGUCUUUUGAUUUGUUUGGGUGUCCUCUAACUGACUCUUUCUGUAUUUCUCAAGCUGAACGGAGAUCAUGUGGCCAUGCCCACUGGGUUGAGAUAUAGGUACCAGCGGGGGAAUCUAUAUAAAGGCUGACAUAGUUUGGUAGUACUGUCAGUUUGUUCUUCAACAUCCGGAUCUCAUCCUCUGAAAAGCAGAACACUGGAACAAGUCACAAAAGAUCAUGUCUCAUUCUUGGGGUUAUGGAGCACAUAAUGGGCCAGAAAAAUGGGAAGAAGACUUUCCCAUUGCAAACGGACCCAGGCAGUCUCCGAUUGACAUCGUGCCCAACCAAGCACAACAUGACCCUUCUCUGAAGCUUCUUAAACUGAAGUACGAUCCUGCCACUGCUAAGGGCAUCCUCAACAAUGGCCAUUCAUUCCAAGUGGAUUUUGAUGAUGAAGAUGACAGCUCAACUAUGACUGGAGGCCCCAUUACUGGGACAUACAGGUUGAGACAGUUCCAUUUCCACUGGGGAGACAGUGAUGACAGAGGCUCAGAGCACACCAUUGCUGGAAACAUGUUCCCCUCUGAGCUUCACCUUGUUCACUGGAACACAAAGUAUCCAAGCUUUGGAGAAGCCGCCAGCCAACCGGAUGGCCUUGGGGUGGUGGGAGUGUUUGUGAAGAUUGGUUCUGCCAAUCCAAGACUUCAGAAAGUCAUUGAUGCCUUUGAUGACAUAAAAUCAAAGGGCAAACAGACUACAUUUUCAAACUUUGAUCCGAAGACCUUGCUGCCUGCUUCUCUGGAUUACUGGACAUAUGAUGGGUCUCUUACCACACCCCCUCUACUGGAGAGUGUCACCUGGAUCGUUCUGAAAGAACCAAUCAGUGCUAGCCCUGGACAGAUUGCUAAGUUCCGUAGCCUGUUGUUCACUGCUGAAGGAGAGACACCUUGCUGCAUGGUUGACAACUAUAGACCCCCACAACCUCUCAAAGGACGCAAAGUCCGUGCAUCCUUCAAGUAAAUAGCACACUUACAGUAGUGGCACAUGCCCCCCACCCACAUGCUUUUGCACUUAUCAUAAUGUUUAUUUUUCUUAAUGCCUUUCAAUUACAUUCCCAGUGGAAUUGUUACUGAAAUAGUAUAGUAUUUGUUCUCAAUUCAGGCUCUUGCCUGCACUACCCAGUAUUGAUAAGGAAAUGGAAAACUUUUUCAGGAAUUAUAUAUAGUACAUCCUCUAUGUCUAUUUUUGAAAAUGUAUUAUUAUUCUUUUAUGGAAAUUAGUUUUUUGCUAUCUCAGAAUCAAUGAUGGACUUGUAACUGCUAUAUAUAAGAUUACCCAUAAUUCCUAGAGGCCAUCAAAAUUCUUUUAGGAUAAUUCUGAUCACUGAACAUUUAAAAAGGGGACACUAUUCAAUUCCUUGUUAAUUCUAGUCAUUUUACGCUUUUAUUUGCAAGCUUCCUCUAUGCAGAGCAUAUACUACAUGUUAUUCAAUAUGAAAAUUGCAUUGUAGGACAUUUUUAGACACGAUGGUUCUGUCUGGGUUUGUGCUAAUGUGUGGAUUUUAUCGCAGUGACUGAUUGGAAGCUAAUAAGCCUUAUAAAGUACCUGCAAGGAAAGCACUUAUAAACAGUAGCAUCAUUAUGUUAUCAAGUGGUUGAAGAGAUCAAGAGGAAUACACUUUUUUAAUGUUUUCUAAGAAUGUUGUACAAUGAUGCUCUGCUGUAUGUAUGAUAAUAUAGGCCUAUAUUUUUCAAAAUUAAGUUUAUUGAAACAACAAUGUCUGCAAAUCAGUCAUAAUAGGAAUUUUAUCACCAAUAAAUGAAUAUAUUUAAACUGA